AUGUCCUCAGCUGACAAAAAGGAAGAUCUGCCUAUGUUGGAGGCUCAUCCAGACAUCCGCAUCCGUCUCCGGAAACCCAGCGGAAAGUCAGUGAUUUUCAACUGCAGCUUACCAUCGCGGGAUACUCGCCAGCAACUUUCAGCCGAAGGUGAUCCUAAUCUUCCUACUUACUCGGUCGACUCGGUUGAAAUGGAGGGCGUUCCUGGAUACUUUGUCUAUACUGACCUGUUCGAUGACAAUAUGUACGACCAUACAAUGCAGCUCUUGAUGGAACGACAGUUGGACGCGAGUUUUCAAGAUCAGUUGCAAGAUUAUUGUACCGCAGAGGAGCAUAAAUUGUAUCUGAAGUUUUUGGACGAAUUCCAUGCCUACUGUAGAGAUUGA